CAAAGGCAUUCAGUCUGUGCGCGUACGCCGUAUUGCAUAGAAGCAUUUAAACUAAGCUUUAACAGUACAAGUAUAAGUAAUAGCCGCGUUACACGCUAGCGUGACCAACGUUUACUGGUCACAUUCAAAAAGCAUACGUUAUACACAGUUAAACUAUUUUAUUUUCAAACAAAAUCUACGACUUGCGCACAGCAAGUGGAUCUAAUAAAUUCAUUGUGCAAUUAAUGUAGAGAUUUAAACAAACAAAAAAAAAAUAAUAAUAAACAAGUUGUUGUAAAUAACUGUGUGUCGCCAAAAACAGUAGAUUGGGUGCACGGUGAAUAAGAAAUGAAAAUGCAGUGUCAAUUACUCAACAAGUGUAACUUGACAUUUUUACUGCUAUGUUUUGUGGCGUUUCAAUUGGCGGCGUGUUGUACGCGUGCACCCACACACCUACCGCAUGGUAGACGUUCGCGCGGCGACAAUGGUUAUAGAUUAAUUGUGGCUGAGGGUGCCAAUGGCUAUGUGCCGGGCGAGACUUAUAACGUUCUAUUAAUCGGUGCGCGAACACAUGAAAAAGUUCAGCAUUUCACUCACUUCGCAAUUACCGCGGAGGCGCAUAUUCCCCGCCGUCGUGCACAACCUGCUAGCCCUAAGCGUGUGGGAGCAUUUAUACUCUUCAGUGAUGCACUAACCAAAUUUAGCGAUCGUUGUGUCAAUACCGUACAAGAGGCAGAGGACUUACCCAAAACCGAAGUACAAGUUAUGUGGGUGGCGCCGGCUGCAGGUUCAGGUUGCGUUUCCAUAUCGGCUAUGGUUUACGAAGGUCCACGCGCUUGGUACUCUGAUGACGGCCAAUUAACUCAAGUCGUUUGUGAGCGUAAAACAAAUGUGCACACCGUUAAAAAGGAAUGCUGUGCGUGUGAUGAAGCUAAAUACAAUUUCGUUUUUGAGGGCAUUUGGUCGAAUGAAACACAUCCCACUGAUUAUCCCUUCGCUGUGUGGUUAACACAUUUCUCCGAUGUUAUUGGCGCUUCGCAUGAGGCUAACUUUUCAUUCUGGGGUGAAAACCAUAUUGCCACAGAUGGUUUCCGGUUUUUAGCGGAAUUUGGCUCGCCAACUGCUUUAGAAACUGAAUUGAGAGCACGGGGACCACGUUUGAGAACACUUAUAAAAGCUGCCGGUCUAUGGUAUCCACAUGUGAAUACUAAUACAUCAUCCAAAUUCCGUGUUGACCGUACACAUCCCAAGGUGUCAUUGGUAUCCAUGUUUGGUCCUUCUCCUGACUGGGUUGUUGGUAUCAACGGCGUUGAUUUGUGUACUGAAGAUUGUUCUUGGAAGGAAUCACUGGACUUUGAUCUCUAUCCAUGGGAUGCGGGCACUGACAGUGGCAUAAGCUAUAUGUCUCCUAACUCGGAAACACAGCCACGCGAGCGCAUGUAUCGUAUUACUACGAUGUACCCCGAAGAUCCACGUUCGCCGUUUUAUAAUCCAAAGAGUAGCGAAAUGACACCGUUAGCUAAAUUAUACAUUAGACGUGAGAAAAUCGUCUCUAGAAGUUGUGAUGACAACUUUUUACAAGCUUUACAGUUAGAUGUAUCUGACGAUGUGGAGGAACAAGACAUCAGACCUGAAUGUCGUUUAACUCCAUACACGGAAUGGAGUCCUUGCUCUGUUACAUGUGGUAAGGGUAUACGCAAGCGUACGCGUGAAUACUUGAACCCAGAAGCCGCAGCGGCUGCUGAUUGCUCACGUCAAACGGUAUCGAAAGAAAUGUGUGCAGCUGCCAUAGCUGAAUGCAGUCAACCGCAGGAUGAUGAUGAUGAAGGCGAGAAUUUAGCACACGCAGUUGCUUUGGUAACUGAUGAUGGUGAGGGCGCUGGCGUUUGCAAGACCACACCGUGGAGUGUUUGGUCCGAAUGUUCAGCCAGCUGCGGCAUUGGCAUUACAAUGCGCACGCGCACUUUCAUUGAUCACACCGGUCGUAAACACUGUCCACAUAUCACCACAGUUGAGAAACAAAAAUGUAUGCGACCCGAUUGUACCUUCGAAGAGGUAGAACUACCUGAUCCCAUGUGUCCAACAACACAAUGGAGCGAUUGGAGUCCGUGUACAGCAACUUGUGGACGUGGUGUUACCAUACGUACGCGUCUAUUGCUUUUGGAGAAUGGUGCUGUGAAGGACAAUUGCACCAGGCGCAUGGAAUUGAAUCAACAAAAGGAGUGCAAUGUGCCACAGGAUUGUACCAUUAACAUGGAAAUGGCCAAAGAUAUAUGUGUGCAGCGUCCCGAUAGUGGUCCAUGUCGCAGUUCAUAUAAACGUUAUGCUUACAAUCGUGACAGUGGACGUUGUGAGAGUUUCACCUAUGGCGGCUGUCGUGGCAAUCGCAAUAACUUCCUCACAGAGCGUGACUGUUUAAAUGCCUGCAGCAUGUUGCGAUCGGCAGAAACUACCGUCUCUCGAUCCAUCACACCCACUCGCGCUCAAACGCACACUUAUCAGUCGCAAGCUUAUCAAACCGUGGAUUGUGUUAUGUCUGAAUGGUCCAAUUGGUCGGAAUGCAGUGUUAGCUGUGGCGCAGGCUAUUCCAAUCGCAGCAGAUAUGUAAUUACCGAACCCAGAAAUGGUGGUCAACCGUGUCCGAAACGCAAGGUGAAGGUACGACGCUGCAUAAUGGCUGAUUGUUGAUUAGACCAGCUGGCACAUAAUGCUGUAGCGCUGUAGUUGUUGUUUAUUUUCAUUCCAAAGCCUACAACACGUGCUUAAAUAAUAAUAAUCUAUAUGCAUAUAUACUUACCGUGUACUUGAAAAUAAUAUUACUCGUUUACUUAUAUUAAAAUCUGCAUUACCAGUAGAAAAACUUUCUUUUAAA